AUGUUGCCCAGACCAAAAGCUGUCCUGCUGUUGUCGAGAGCUGUCCUGCUGUUAUCGCUGCUGUCGGCUGUCGUGUCCACGACUGGUGACCGGAGACACAAACACAAGAAACGUCACGACAAGGAGAGGCUUGUCGGGUUGCCAAGACAGGACGUCCUACAGAUCCUGAUCGAGAACUCGACCUACAACCCCAGGAUAUCUCCGGACUACGAGCAAGACCACGCCACAACAGUUGAUGUGCAAAUUUAUGUCCUGAGUAUCGAUACUGUCAGCGAGCAGUCAAUGGACUACUCAAUGAACAUCUACCUACGUCAGAGGUGGGUGGACCCUCGCCUCCAGUUCAUGAACUAUUCCAAGGCGACCUGGCUAGAGAUUGACAUCAAGCUCAUGUCCAUGAUUUGGGUUCCUGACACGUUUUUCAGGAACGAGAAGAAAGGUGAGUUCCACAUUGUGACCGUCCCCAACAAGCUGAUGCACCUGUACCGUAACGGCACCAUCUACUACAGCAUGAGACUGUCCGUGUUACUUUCCUGUCACAUGAAGCUCCAGAAAUACCCGCUUGAUAUACAGAGGUGCCCCAUCAAAAUUGCUAGCUACGGCUACACGACAGAGAACAUCGUGUACCGCUGGAUGGAGCACAAGCCAAUAGACUACAACGAGGAACUGCAGCUGUCGCAGUACACACUCAUGUACCACGAUCUGGACAACUGCACCAAGACAUACAAGGAAACCGGAAGUUUUAGCUGUGUCCAGGGCAACUUCAUCCUGGCACGUGACGUCGGCUACUACAUCAUCCAGGUGUACGUGCCUAGUGUGCUCAUCGUCAUCCUCUCCUGGGUCUCUUUCUGGCUAGACGUGGAGGCCAUCCCCGCCCGGAUAUCAUUGGGGGUACUCACAGUCCUGACGAUGACGACACAGAGCUCUGGGGCGCGCGCCUCGCUGCCCAGGGUCAGCUAUGUCAAGGCCAUCGACGUCUGGAUGGCCGCCUGCCUCUUCUUUGUCUUCGCCUCCCUGCUGGAGUUUGCCUACAUCAACGUGCUCGCCCGUAGACGGGUGCCGUACCGCUGCUUCGGUUCUCCGGAGUCGUUCGAGAACUCUCCCGGCGCUAAUGGGGUGAGUGGUCCCGCUGGCGACGCUGAGAAGGGAGACAAACCAAAUCUAACAAGGACGGACUCGAAGGCGCUACGUUUGUACGGCAAGCAGGGGGCCAGAUAUGUCGACAGAAUUAGCCGCUACAUUUUCCCCAUCGCCUUCCUAAUCUUUAAUCUGGGCUACUGGCUGGUCUAUUAUCUGGUGGACAUGUAGCGGUCACGAGAUACUGGCUCAGCCUCGAUGUCGUGAUGUUGUAGCUUCGGUGUGGUGAUGUUGUGGCCUCGGUGUGGUGAUGUUGUAGCCUCGAUGUGGUGAUGGUGUAGCCUCCAUGUGGCGCCGUUUCAUCUUGGCCAAGGACGUCGCAAGUCCUUCUCCUCUUGGAAAACUUAGAACUGUCGAACUCGCUAGCAAUUCAUGUCAGUCAGCGGUAGCCAUCUUUAAUCCACUGGAUCAUCGGUAGCCAUCUUUAAUCCGCUGGAUCAUCGUUCGUCAACUUUUAUCCCCCUCUAUGUUGUUAUGUGGAGAGCUAAAACCUGAGUUUAAAAUAUUUGUUGUGUGAAAACCAAACCUAAGUUUGACUCAGUUGACAGUAGACACGAACUGUUUUCUCUAGCGUUUGGUGAGCCGAAGCUUAGUUGUUCCAAUCAGUUGGUGGCUAAUUAAAAUGUAUCGCUAGACUCAUUUUUCUAAUCAUUUGGUGGCUAAUUAAAAUGUGUUGUUCUACGUUUGAUCUAUGCCAGCUUUAGCCUGAUGGGGUGGGGGUCAUGGCCCCGUCCUUGACCCCAGAACCUGUGGUCACGGGUUUAUUGUCUCUUACAUUAAUUUUUCUGACUGUAGCAUUGCCCAACUUUCGUGAGAGUCAAGAAAAACUUGAAUGUCUCUUGUUUGCUGUCCUUGUGUCUGUUCUACAUUAGGGGGCACGCAACAGUUGUACCAGGCGCAAUACUGGUCUUCAUUGUUUACAGCUUCGCUGUUUCUAGCUUGACAGUUUGUAACGUGACUGUCCCUAUCUUCUGCUCAACACACCGGUGGGGGAAGGUAGGGGUUACUAAAUAAGGGACACAUUUUUUUUACUUAAACUCCUGUGUGGCUAGAUCCUUAAAUUUUGCUGGGGUUGGCUAUAAAACUGAAGUAACCCACCAGGUUUGGUGUGUGCAGCAACGCCUCUGGUUCCUGUACACCACCACAACAUCUUGCUUAACAAGGUCUCUCGUAAAGAAAGGGAGUUAAUCGAAUCAAACAGGUCUCGUGAGAAGGGAGACAAACCUGACAUUACAUCAAACGUAGUGAAGACACACAAACACAAUUUUCAAGAUGUAAACACAUUUAGGCACCGAAUUCUAGAAAUACUUUCAUAAACCUACAUUGUGAGUUGAGAUAAACCACGUGACGUCUAGAGUCGACCUAGUCACUAAAAGUUUACCGACCCGUGUACCCCCGGGCAGACUAAGUGUCCCAUCAACCCAAACCUCACGUCUGUUCCUGUACGUUCAGCCACCAUUGUGUUUUGAUUGUUCUCGUUUUUUAAACUUUAAUAUUCAAGAGCUAAAUGGUUUGGGGCGUUACGAUGUAGCAUGUAUGUUUUGUUUUUUUACUGCUAGCUGUGAGAUGAGAUGUUGUACGUUAUGUGCUGGCCCAGUUCACACAAUAUUCUUCAUAUCACUUCACUGUGUUGCUGCGAAUUGGUUUAUACAAUAUGUACAUAGAUGUGUACAUACGUGCUUUGUUUAUGUAUACGUGUACACCAUUCAAUUAUAAAGCACAUCAAUUUUAUUAUAACAAUGAACCUGGUUAACGUAAUCUUUGUUAAUAUUUUUAAAAUGAUGUUUGUCUAUAUUUUAAACCAUGCUGUAUUUUGAUGUUUGUCUAUAUUUUAAACCAUGCUGUAUUUUUAUUCUGUCUAUAUUUUAAACCAUGCUGUAUUUUUUCUAUGAGUAGUCAGAUUUUAGAAGUAGGUGUAUAGCAUUAGUGAGUUCUUGAACGUGUGUGAGAGAGUGUGUGUGGGAUUGAAAAAGUGUGUGGGGAGAUUGUGUGUGAGCUCGAGAAAGUGUGGGAGAGUUUGUGUCAAAUCUUUGAAUUACCUUCGAUCACGUAAAACUUAUAGACCACAUUUUGACUCACGUGUUCCUAAAGUUGACUAAAACCACAUUUAGUUGUUUAGUGGAUGUGGACACUGCGAUCUGGAUGGACAGUACUGGACACUGGUCAUCUGAUGGUCAGUGCCACACCGUCACGCCCCCCCCCUCUCUCCCCCCUCCCCCCACCCAGUGAUUAUAAAACUAUAAACUUGGAUAUUUACGCAAGAUAUUUUUAUAAUUUGUUAUUGUACAUUGGCAUAAGCUUUGAUAUUACCUUUUUGCGUUAACUGUCAUAAAUCGAAACAAUACGAAAUAUUCCACAUCAAAUGAUUUUUAUUCAUUACCUCCCUUGUAUUUGUAAUCACGCAUUACCUCCCUUCACCAAACUAUGUUAAACAGUAUGUCCAAUUAGUAGACUUGCUAAAAUGGCUUGCUACAAUGGUUAGUGUUAGAAGCUUGACAUACUGCAUUACUUGACUUACUUCACAUGACUGCAGCUGCUAGCAAGAAAUGACUUUCUGCCAUGACUUGAAAUCAUGACUUAAUAAAGCCUAGCUAGGAUUGUUUCACAAAGGUAUCUGCUCUAAAAUUGUGUUGUUUUAUUUUUUCUGCUGCAGCCUGGUGUUGUCUCUGACCCGGAACAUAAAAUAGAAGAAAAUGACGUGUUGAUUUUAUCUUUUUGUGCGUGUAAUUGUUCCAGUCCAUGUAUUUUCGUGUAAUUGUUCCAGUCCAAGAUUUGAGAUAGGUUCGCCCGUUUGUAUUUGCCCCGAUGGUAUAAUAUAAACUGUUAUACGCCCUGCAAGUGAAUAUCAGGGUUAAAGGUCGAGAAACAUUCAUUCGCUUCACAACUACCUACCACAAAAACUGAGAUACAAACAUUUCAUGACAAAAUUUGAGGAUAAUUUAAAAAUGAUGGUAAACAAAACAUUCCAUGACAAAAUUUU